AUGCUAUGGGCAAUGCUAGUGCUGCCCGUAUAUUCUCAGCCUCCUAUGUCUAUGGGACCGGUGCCGCCGCCUCGUAACUCUCCGGCACCAGCACCUUCACUUACACCGGUUUUAGAGCCGGAAGAGGUUUUUAAUCUUGCUUUGUUUUUAAUCAACUUUUUCGAUGGUUUGCCUCCAACGGUUGAGCCACCACAAGGAGCAGUUCCACCACCAUCUUCAACGGUGGCUCGGCCACCACUUUCGAAUAGACCGUCACCUAUGAAUGACGUUCCACCACCGCCAUUAGUGGUGGUUCGUUCACCACCACCACCUACCACCGCUCGUCCACCAGUUAUGUUUUUACCGCCUCCACCAUCGGCUGAACCGCCAGAGAGAGAAGUUCCACCACCACCUUUUAAUAAGGUUCCUCGUUUUCCACCAUCACCAGUGGUUGCUCCGGCAAUGAUCUUUAGGGCACCGCCACGGCCGCCCCCACCAGAUUUUCCUCCAUCACCUUCACCACCACCGAUUGAAGAUUUUCGCCGGCCACCACCUUCGCCGGAGUCUGCUCCUCCGAUCUUUAAGUCACCACCACCACCUUUAGAGGAGGUUCUCCGCCCACCACCUUCGCCCGAGUCUGCACCUCCCAUCUUUAAGUCACCAUCACCACCACCAGAUUCUCCUCCCCCUCCACCACCUUUAGAGGAGGUUGGCCGUCCACCACCUACGCCAGAAGCUGCUGCUCCCAUCUUUAUGUCCCCAAAACCAUCGCCACCUCCGCCAAACUCUUUUCCACCUGAGGAUGAUUUUGAAACCCCACCAAGUCCACCACCAACGGAACCACCACCAAAUUCAUUUCCACCUGAGAAUGAUUCAGAAACUCCACCAAGCUCACCACCACCACAACCACCAAGUUCACCACCACCUGAAGAUGAUAAAUUCGAAACCCCACCAAGUCAACCACCACCACCUCCGACUGAUCAAGAUACUACUUCACCCCCACCAGAAGAUUAG